AAUAAAGAAAUAACAAUGAAUGACAAAAACACAGUGUUAGAGAGACUAAGCAGAAGAGAUGCACAAAGACUGGAAAAGCUGCACAAGGCACACAAAGCCAGAGAAGAAGUAGAUGCCUGUAAUGAAAAUGAAGAAUAUUUCUUUGGAGCAUUCAAAAUAAAAUCAGAGUACAUUGAAGACUUACUCUCUCAAGUACCCACAUUGGAGAUUAAAACUCUCCCAUCUCACUUUGAUAAUAUUAAGAAAGAAGUCAAUGAGUUGCAAAAAUAUGUGAUCACAUCAGCUCUGUUCUUGAAGGAGUUUAACAUGCGCAAAUAUUUGGGAAUAGUUCAAAAUCUCCAAACAAAAUGCUACGAGUUAGAAGACCGAUAUGUACCAAGAAAAAAAUUUGGUUUCACUAGAAAGAAGUUGCCUAGAUCAGAUAAUCAGAAACAGAACUUGGCGGAUGAGCAUGAUGGUGCAGGAAAACCAGACAGCAACAAAUGGGAUGAAAAACUUUUCGGAUUUGAUGUUAAAGAAAAUGAAAUAUUGGCAUUGCAGAAUGAUGAACUAUUUCAAAGGGAUGUAACAUUACGCAAUUUGAAGAACUGCACAGUUAGUUUGAAGGGUGUAAUGGGUACAUUGCACAUGAACAACUUAGACAAUUGCAUUAUUCUGUCUGGCCCAGUAACUUCUUCCGUCUUUAUAGAUAAAUGUACAAAUUGCAAGAUUGUAGUGGCAUGCCAGCAGCUGAGAAUGCACACCUCGUUGAAAUGCGAUAUCUAUUUGCAUGUAACAAGUAAAGGUAUUGUAGAAGACUGCACAGACAUCAGGACAGCACCAUAUAAUUUAAAGUAUGAUGACUUAGAGAAGCAUUUUAGUAUGUCAUUGUUAGACAAGAAGAGCAAUAAUUGGAACUGUUUAGAUGACUUCAACUGGCUUGCUCCUGAUAUCCCAUCCCCUAAUUGGUCUAUUUUAGAUGUUUCUGAUCGAGUCAAUGAUUGGAGUGAAUACUGGUCAAAAACUCCUUGAAGGCAAUGAAAGUUCAAGAAAUAAACUGGUAUCUAAUUUUAAUACUUUACUAAUCAGGACUGAGACAUUCCGAAUGGAGUUGGAUAAAACCUUCACUACCUAAAUAAAUUUUAAUACUUGAUUAAUAUUUAUCAUACAUAUACAUUAGUUACAGAAAUAAUUCAGUGUCUCAAGGCUUUGCAACAUUAAUAAAAUUAUUUGUCCCAAAAAGACAUGUUUAACCUGAGUUUAAUAUGGAAUAAUUCAUCAUAUGAAUAGUAGAAGUGGCAUUUGCAAUAAUAAUCAAUUAAAAUCCUUGUUUUAACUGCUUAGUUAAUCUACAUUGAUAUAGAUAGCAUUUGUUAGAUUGGAAAACAAUUUAUAUAAUAAAGCCUUUUAUCAUAUUA